UCGUCUAUUAAUUUAAUACUUCCGGUUAAUGGCUGUAGGCGAAUUUUGAUUAUAAAAAUGCAAAAAUAUGAAAGACUUGAGAAAAUUGGGGAAGGCACAUAUGGAACUGUUUUUAAAGCCAAAAACAGAGAAACACAUGAAAUAGUUGCCCUGAAGAGAGUUCGACUGGAUGACGAUGAUGAAGGUGUACCCAGUUCUGCAUUAAGAGAAAUUUGCUUGCUGAAAGAACUGAAACACAAGAAUAUUGUUCGACUGCAUGACGUGUUGCACAGUGAGAAGAAACUGACCCUCGUGUUUGAAUACUGUGAUCAGGAUCUCAAGAAAUACUUUGACAGCUGUAAUGGCGAGAUGGACCCUGAUGCAGUCAAGUCAUUUAUGUAUCAACUGUUGCGAGGCUUAGCGUUUUGUCACAGUAAUAAUGUCCUUCACCGAGACCUGAAACCACAGAACCUCCUCAUUAACAAGAAUGGUGAACUAAAACUCGCUGACUUUGGUCUAGCCAGAGCAUUUGGUAUUCCUGUUAGAUUUUAUUCUGCAGAGGUGGUUACUUUGUGGUAUCGACCUCCAGAUGUCUUGUUUGGGGCCAAAAUGUAUUCCACAUCUAUUGACAUGUGGUCGGCGGGAUGUAUAUUUGCUGAACUGGCCAAUGCUGGAAGACCUUUGUUUCCUGGUAAUGACGAUGAUGAUCAGUUAAAGAGAAUUUUUAAACUUCUGGGAACACCAACAGAAGACACUUGGCCAACAAUGACUCAACUUCCAAACUAUCGGCCAUUCCCACUGUACCACGUGUCAACCACAUGGCAGCAGGUGGUGCCCAAGCUUAAUAACAAGGGCAGAGAACUCUUACAGCGUUUGCUGGUGUGUAACCCGGCUGGUCGACUCUCAGCUGAAGAUGGAUUGCAGCAUAGCUACUUCUCUGACCUCAGCCCAGCCAUAAAACAAGGGUGAUAACUCACUAGUAAACAGGAUGGAUAAUUCUAGAUCUUGGAGUGUCAUCAGCUUUGCAGGGACUUAUAUGACAAUCUGAGCCUUGUGCAUAAACAAUUUGGUUUAACAGUGAAACAGUAUCAGCUGUCAUUUGUAAAUGAGGGUCCGUUAAAAUACUGUGUGGAUCAUCUGUAACAAAAUUGAUCUGCUACAGUCUGACCCACCAAUUAAGCAUUUGGUCAGUUUGAAGACUUCUAGGUCAGGUCAUAGGGUUUUAUGUGCACAUUUACAGCAAGCUGUUGUAGCGCACACCUGUCAUGGGCACAGAACAGGAAAGAACGCUUCUAGUUUGAGGAUUAUUUAUAUUUCAUAUGCACCUGUUGAGAACACCAUUCAUUAUUUAUGAUACACGCACUAGUAAUAGAUGUGUGGUAUCGAUUUAAAGACAUAUGACUGUCUGUUUCUAGGUGAUGACCCAGUUGCUACAGCCAUACCAUCCAAUGAAAGACAGCACGUUGAAGUUAACGUGAAACUGAUUUUUUUUGUGAUGCAUUAGUUACUACAAGCACAAUGGUUGUAAAUAAGUUUUACAUGGAAAAGACGUUUGAAUUUAUUUUAAACAUGUGUUUUUUAAGGAUGUGUAAGAAAUAGCAUAUUGUACUUGUGUCUGUUAGAUACCCUUUAUCUUACAACUAGUUCAAAAAUGUAUCCAACUCGCUUUCUCUUGUUAUAUAUGUUUUAAACAACGGGUAAACUAAAUGGUAUCUAACAGCCACUCUUGUAGUAGUCUCUAUUUAUAUAUUUAUAUGCAUGUUUAUAUACAAUAAUGAAAACAAAUCAAAGAUGAAAACUCGAAGGAAAGGCUAUUACUGGUAAAACAAAAUAAUUUUAAGAUGUGUUGCCGCAAACAACAUGAGUUUCAAAAAGAUGAUCACAUGGUUAAUUUUUAUGUAUAUGUUUUAAACAUGAACAACAUAUGACAUGUACAUCGAGCUGUACAUUUGUAUUCAAUGUAAAUUAUUAAAUAUACAUGGUUGUACAAAUGCAUAUGGACAUUAAUGCAACUAAGGUUAAAAUACCAGGGCUCGAACUUAAGAAUUUGUCUCCCACGGCAAUUUUUAAAAGAAUUGUAAAAGGUUAAACAGUUAAACGGCAAUUUUGGGCCUGCCUAUGGCAAUUUUUUUUAAAGUGGCAUUUGCAGCAAAUAAACCUGACUGAAAGGCUAUCUUGUUAUAAUUAGACAUCUUUUAAAUGUGCAAAUGUUAAAUAUUGGCAGAGAAUGUACACCAGGUGUAUACAUUUCGCCAUUGUUGAGGAGCUUUACCGACGGCACAAAAGUGCCAUUGGUGAUGCUCUCUACCUACAGCAAUUUAUAUCUCACCGACGGCAAUUGGCGUCGGUGCUGCCGCCAAGUUCGAGCCCUGAAAUACCAAUCAUAAAUUCAGCCAUAUAUUUUUAAUGUUGGGUCUCAUAGUCUGGUGACAAUGUUAACAGAUAGCAAUGUACCGUUACUCUGUUGUGUUUAAUACAGUAUGUUGUGUGUUAUGUUGGUAUUUGUAUUGGGCACAACAAUUGAAAAUUCUUCUGAUUUCUUAGCUUAGAUUGCUGGCUAACCAACGUUACCAACCCAAUCAAAGGAAUAAUGUUCCAUACAGCUGGUUAAUACUUUCAAAUGGUACAGUUUAAUCAGUGCAUUCCAAAUUUGCCAACCAAAUCUGAGUUCAGCUCUUUGCACAUGUCACCGAGCAGAACAGUGUCAGUGGUACCAACUGGUAGGAGGUCAAGGGGGAUAAUCACCAAGGUGGAUGUAGUGUCUCCAACUGGUGUAGUUAUUUUCCAUGGUAAAUACGAAAAAAUACCACAAAUAACUUAAUUUGUUCAGACUCCUAUAAUUCUUUAAUUAUAAAAGCUAGAAAGACAAUUCUGGUGAUGACUCCUAUAGACUUUUCCCCCCCCCCCCCCCACACACACACACACACAAUGAGCUGGUAUCUUUGACAUUUUUCUACCCAACCAACUCCUAAACUUGCCUUUUUCAGAUUGACUGGUAGAUUAUUGGUUUAAAAAAAAACCCAAAACCUACAAUAUCUAUAUUGUCUACACAUUUAAAUCCUGUACUUGAUACAUUGUCAGUUGUGUUCCAGAUUUUGAGCAACUCACUAUGGGCGACUCAUGUUUUGUAUGAACACUGUUUUCAAUAUUGAACUUCUUAAAAUAAAUAAUUAUGUUUUGAACUACAUGUAACUUAAUUAUACAAACAAUGUUGUACACUUUUUGUGUUUAACAUUUAAAUACAGAUGUACCAUUAUAGUAUCUUAGUGAUGCAUUCAAUCCCUGUAAGUCACAUCAGAUGUGUGAGCAAAUGUCAACACAGACUGAGUCACUCAUAGCCUGUGUGGUCACUUAAGUAUGGGAAAAUAAUGCAACUAGACUUAGCUGACAGGAAAAAGUAGGUAUUGCACUACUGUUUGCUGUUCUUUUGUGAUACAAAUGUUAUUGCACAUGUAUAUGUGAAAAAACCAUGUUGUACUUUAUAGAUAUUACAUGAUUCAUUCACCCCUACUUCAAACCAUAGUAUGAUCUCGUCCUACGGUUUUUAAACUCUUCAGUUUAUAUCAUAAAUGUGUGUAUAUCUUAUUGUAUUGUGACAUCAUGUAGCUAUUUUUUCAUUUGAUGAAUUUUGGAUCCAUUGUGAUUUCUAGUCAUAUAAAUACUGCCAUGUCAAAAACAAAGAAGAGUAUGCUGUGUUAUUCUGUUUUUUAAAUGUGUGUUUAUAGGUUAGUGUACAUGUAUUAACAGCAGCUACUAAGAAUUGUUAGUUGUUGUAAGCCAUUGCUUUUCUUUGGUGUUCAUAAUCUCAGACAUUACAUCUAAUGAUCAUUUCAAUCAUUCAUAAGUGAUAUUGAUAAAUCUCAUAAUAUUUUAUUCCACUAUUUUGUGAUUAUGUGUUUUGAUGCCGUUUCUAGUGGAUAUACAUGAUUUUGUUGUUGUUUUGUAACUUUGUACCUGUGUCCUCUAGACUGUCUUAUACAUUAUAAAUAUGAUAUUUAUACAGGUCCAACUUUCAAAGGGUGUGAAGAGAGGAUAUAUGUGUAUGUAUAAUUAAUGAUAUUGGAACCAAAAUGCCAUGUUCUUUGGUAAGUGACUUCAGGUACAUUGUAGGGUAGACGACUUCAGGUACAUUCAAGGGCAUUUUCAGUUUAAUUGAGCUCUUAAAUUAUUUUUAAAAUGCAGUUGAAUACUCUGUCAGUAUCUGGCAUAAUAACAAAACAACUGAACAACAGGGUAAAUACAUCUGAAGAUGCAUGUUUCAAAAGAUGAUGGUUCUAAAAGUCUCGGGUCCAAAACACGGAUCACAUGGGAGGUAACUUUAUUUAUAUACUCAUCACUCACACAAUAUACGUUUAUUUAACUAUAUACCUAGGAGAAAAUAGGUUACAGACACACUAGGUAAAAUAUAAUAUUUAAGGUGCCUCUUCCCCCACCACCCUCCCAUAUUUUCAAUCCAGAACAGCCCUAACUAAACUUUAGCUAUUCAUGUUGAUACAAGUACAUGUUUUGCUAUGAAACUAUUUCUUGUUAGUUUAGUUUUAUGCUCGUAUCCAAUUACAGCUGGAGCAUGCUGUCCUGGGAACACACCUAGGCUGUCUGGGCUGGCUGUUGGUGGCUAGUGACAGAAACUGAUGUACCGGUAGUGGCCUCGCACUGAGCCUUUAAAAGCGAUCCAAGUGGGAGCUUUACUGAGGUGCGAUGUCAUUACCUACCAGCCUUAAGUCUGAUAGCUUGGCUAUUACACUACUGAGGUCGGUAUGAACUUAUGUUUUGUCAUCUGUCUACUGGCCUCGGUGGGCAGUGGUUACGCCAUUGGACUACAGGCUGGUAGGUACAGGCUUCGCAGCCCGGUACCAGCUCCAACCCAGAGCGAGUUCUUACGGGCUCAGUGGGUAGGUGUAAGGCCGCUACACCCUCUUCUCUCUCCCUAACAACUAACCCACUGUCCUGGACAGAUAGCUGAGGUGUGUGCCCAGGACAGCGUGCUUGAACCUUAAUAAGUUGAAAUGAAAUGUCAUCUGUCAUUAAUUAGUGUUGUACAACUAUUUAUACAGGAUCUUGCGAAGGUCAAAGAUCACGUGAGUAGUUUCCUGUAAGAUUGCAUUCUUGUACAUUCCUAUUGCAGCAUCUUUCUGUAACAAUAAUGUCCUGAAAAUGCAAAGUAUAAACAGGGCGUUACAUACUCUAAAAUAAAUCAGGGCAACAGAUAUAUGUAGCCUUGUCCCACUGAUAAAAAGAGCACUUUUUAAACUAAAAAUGACACUUUUUGAUGUUUUUAAGUGGCGUGUGUGGGUGGGGUGUGGGUGGGGGGGGGGGGGAGACAGCCCCCAACUAGGUACAGCCCUGGGAAGCAGUGAGAUUUCUUUGGGAUAGGUAUUUGACACCUUUCCGUUUUACAUAAUCUUAUUGUCCUACUUAGAUGUGUGUGUGAGAGGAAGAUUGUGUGUGUGUGUUUGCUUGUGCCUGUGCAUGCAUGCAUUAUAUACAUUUUAUAAUAUUAGCACAUUCAGUGGCAUAAAAUACAUAGGGACAUUAUAAACCAACGAGGGCACAUAAAUAUAGGGUCUUCAGCUAAACAUGUUUAGUGGGGUUUUUUUGUUUGUUGUUUUUUGGGGGGAAGGGUUUUUGGUUAUAUAAUGUAUUCAUGAUUUUGUUAUAUAAUCAAGUUGGGAAAUGUUUAGUUUUACUGUAAAUACAUUCUUUUAUGUGUGACGAGCAAUAGUAAUGUUUUAUUAUUAUUUGUGUGGUUUAAACGUCUGUGAUAUAAUGUGUUUUGUAUCAUAUUGUGAAAUGCAUUGCUUUCAUUAAAUAUUGUAUUUGA